UUGAACGCGUCAGGAGGCAGUGGUUUCUGUAGCAGUGCAGCUAACUUCAGCGUCAGCCAUGCCUGGGAAAUGUAAAUUUCAAGAGUCCUGGCUCUCUAGGGAAAUGUACAAGGACUGGCUGGUUAAGGAAGUCCAGGACAUUCACUUCGCCCGGUGUAGGGCGUGUUGUAAAUCAAUCAAACUUCAGACCAUGGGCGAGGCUGCUCUCACCAGCCAUGCAGCGGGAGCUGGGCACAAAGCAGCGGUCCGCAAGCUAGUGGAAGGAGGCAAUGUGAUGCUGAUCAAUGCUGCUGGGCAGAUAAAUGGCAGCGUGAAUCGGACUGAAGACAGCAAGGAGCAAGUGGCCAUCUGCCUCCAGCGGGACGCCUUGGACAGAAUACCAGGCAGCAACUGGGCCGAUCAGCACCACAGCCCCACUACAAACUCCACCUCCCACAAUGCUGAGCUGCAGGAUGCCACAUUUCCUGCUGCCUACUUCACAGCACCAGGCACCUCCCGGCUCAUCAGCCAGCGUCUCCUCCCGACAGGCGGCGAGGGGGGGGAAGAGACCCACCGCUCGACUCAGCAGGACCCCACAGAUAUGUCCCGACAGGAGCACCAGCAGAGGGCCGAGGCUCUGGAGCAGCAGCAGCAGAUGAAGAUCCUGGAGUGGCAGAACAGGAUGAAGGUGCUGGCGUGGGAGCAGGAGCUGGUGAGGGAGAGGAGGAGAGCAGCGCGGCAGGAGGAGAAGGCCUUCAGGAUGAAGAAGGCGUACUACAAAGCCAAGCUAAAGAGGAUGGGAGAGGACGUUCCGCCAUCUUCCUCCAGCAACAGCGAUGAAGAGGAGAACACUUCUAAUCAGACAGGAUGAACGGAUUCUAUUUCUUGUAUUUCUUAUCAGCGCUUGUUUCAUUAUUGAAUGCUUUUGUGUAUAUGCCAUGAAACUGUUGCUACUUUUAUACAUGUAUUAUAACAUAUAGACGGUUGGUUGCUUUAAAUGAGCAGUUCUUACACAAAUACUUUUUUGAUUUUUCUGAGAUAAACUGAACUAGUUGAGUACACUUCGCUUAAUCUCAAAUUUAAAAUGAGGUUCUCGUAGACCAAUAGAAAACAUGUAAAUGGUAUAUUUUUGAAAGGCUUCUUACAUAUGUAAUAUUUAAAAAAAUACCAUGAUCCUGUUUUGUUUAAUAAUCAUUCAUCACCAUGUGUCUUAAGUAUUUAACAUUUUGAGAUGUCCAUUGAUGUUGAGGGUGAUUGUAAAGAGUAUUACAAAAUAUAUUAAGAUUCAAUCUAAUCACGGCAGCUGUACAAAUGUAAUGUUAUUCCUAAAUGGACACUUCUUCAUGAUUUUACAAAUCUGACCUUUAAGUGGUCCUAUAACCCUGAGUACAGGUUAUAUUCUGUCUCAGCUGGGGGCUUCUGUUUUCACCGGGCAUCAUGGUGGCAGCUGAACAUCUCUGACUCCUCUGGAUGUCCGUCUCCGUCUGUCAGGAGGUUUUGCCUGCUCAGUUUUUUCGCACCUGAAAAUGUCUGUUCUCAUGAAUAAGGAAAGCACACACACUCACACAAACACACCUAGAAUAAAUAUGAACAGACGUGUAGGAAUAAGUCAUUUUUUUAAUAUCCAACAUUUCUCUUGUUUCCGCGGUAAUGGGAACAGCUGUUUCCAUGCCGCCGUCCCCUUGCCGCCGGCGGGAUAGAAGGCAUCCCAUAAUGAACACACGAGAAAACAAAGACAAUCUCCCAUUCCUCCUCCUCUCACCAACAAUCUCUUACUGUGUCCGUCAUUUGUCCACUUUUGCUUAAGCAGAGCACGUCUCAACGUUUCAGGAACGCCUUAGUUUCCUCUCACUCUCAGAACCAGAUUAACCUGAAGCUGGAGUUUUCUGUUAAUUGACUGCUGUGUAUAAAAGCAUUAAUAUGACUGGUUAA